AGUUGCUACGUUAUCCAGUAGAUGCGUGGCAGUUGUGAAGUGCGCUGAAUUUGAAUCCAACUUGAUCGAUUCUGUUCACUGAUAGUGUUUAUGAUAACGUGUUAUAAACAUUGUCAUGUAUAACCUCCCCAAAUAGGUGUUUCAGUGAGCUAUUGUUGAAAUUAACUUAGUUCGCUCCAGUGAAGUGAAGUAACUUACUCGUGCAGUAAAACAUUUUCUCUUCGCCAAGGUUGCAUUAUCAGUAAGCAUGGCUUUUAUGAUGCCAGUUGUGAAAAAUGACUAUAACAUUUACAAAAACGGUCGGUCCAGAAGGAGUUCAGAGUGUUCGAAUCCACAGUCCUGUCGUUCACGCAAAGUCUCGGAGUGCUCCAAGUCCGAAGGCCCAAGCCUUUCUACUUCUCCAGGCAGCGACUUCAUCGUCGGCAGCCCUCACAGGUCCAUCCCCAUGGCAAUGUCUUCGAAGUACUCCAGGAAUUCCUCAAGGAACUCCCAGUCGAGUCUUCAGUCGCCGAGCAAAUCGACGUCGUCGUCUCCUCCCAAAACGGCGUCAACGUCCUCCCUCAACAAGUUCCACACUAGGGUUGUUGACAAGCUGAAGAGGUCGUUGAGGAUAAAGGACUCUAGAGAUGGCCCUUUCUUGUGCCAGGGACUGAUGGUUCUCGCAGGACGUCCUGAGAGGGUGCUCCGACCUCAGAUGCCGAGGAAGAGCUUCUCGUUCAGCGGAAGACCGCCACUCCAGUGCUAGUGCCGGCUUCUCGCCGUCGAGACGACCCAGAGCCCCGUGUUGCGAGUUCCUACCCCGGCACCACAUCCUUUUGGCGCUGGUGAUAGUGAAGUGACAUUGACACGGAGUUCUUUCGGACCUAGUGAAUUAUUUAUUUUGUGUAGUGUUUUAUAAGCCUUGACUCCUUUAAGGAGGUAAGUCAGUUUAAGUUUCCUGUAAAGCUAAGAGUCUACUUUUGUUAAUUAGUAACAUGUAAGCCAUUUGAGUUUAGGAUGUAUUUAGGUAAAGUAAGUGCAAUAUUGUGGAAAAAGUUGACAGUGCUUGUUCUAACAUUCCAUUAUUUAACGAGGCGUAAAUUGCAGCAUGUUUUUUGCUCAGGGUUACGGUAAUCUAGUUCAAUUCCUAAAGGUAUAGUCCUAGGGCUGAAAGAAAACUGUUACCUAUCUUGAAAGUACUGAUUGAGGAUUUAAACACAUCACUCAAAUGUUUAAUUAAUAUCAAGUAGGCCCAUUCCAUCUAUUUAUUAUGUUAUUUAUUCUCUUACAUCUUUAAAUUUACAUAACUUAUUAUUUAUUUAGCAAAUACUUUAAAUUUACAAAUAAGUUCAUAAGUAGACAGGCCUACAGCAAAUCACGUGUUGGAUUUCUUCUGCUCUCUAUUUUUCCAAGCUUUUCCAUUGUUUGAAAAGGUUGUUGGUUAGUUCGUCUAACGUAAAAAUUUACAAAACAUGUUUCUGCUUAUUUAAGUUGGACGUUGAACAAUCAUAUUUAAUACCGACUAUACAACUAGCAACUAAAUUAGUUCAAUAACUAAAUGCAAACCCCUUAUUUUUUAGAUUAAGUUUAAUUGAGUGAGAGUAAACAACUUGCGUCUUACACACGCUUGAGUCCUGAAUGUAAGCCAAAAAUAUUGUAGGUAUAUACUGAAAGUAAACCCUUAUUUAUGUACCUUACCUUGUUAAGAACGAAUGUUCUCUCGGAAUGACUGAGUUAGGUUAAGUUAAAACAGGUUCAUAAGUUAGUACUUAAGAUAAGUAGAAGCUUUAUUCAAGUUCCACAGUAUUUAUGACUAGGUUAAUUAUGGCAAUGUAGUUGUUUAAUCCGGUUCCCUUAUGUUUUCUCGCUCAGAUUCUGGUUUUCCUUGUGCUCAUGAUUAAUUGCCUUAGUUCGGAGGUCAAUGAACCGAAGCCACUGUUCUAUUUGCUCUGGUAUUGCAGAUAGCUUGAUUGAUGUUAACGGGUACCUGUUUCUAGUGAUUGUUGAUGCUAGGUAGCCUUUUAUGUUACCUGACGAUUGUGGGAUGAAGACUGUGAUAAGCAGGUUUAGGAAUAGGUGCUCUGUUUUUGUAAAAUUAAAUUUUUUGCAACCACAUCGAAGUAGUCUACAGCUCAAAAGUUGCUAGCCUGAAUAAAUAUUUUUUGUACUUCUCGUAUUCAAUUUACUUUGUAGCCAUGGAUCAUAGAACCUACAGUGUGUUACAUAACUUACACAUGAACAAUCGCUUCUAUCCUGAUGUGGCAAAAGAUUUAAUUUAUGCAUACGUAAUUUAACCAAUGUAUUGGCCUUCAUAGUGAAAUAGAUGUUGUGCUGUGAAUACUGUAUACAAAUGUACAGCGUUGCUGUUUAUUUACACGUAAUUUACAGUGAUGCAUUAUUUUGUAUAGAUUUGAUUCUCAAUGCUCGGUGUAAAUACAAGAAACAAACGGUAAAUUCUUAAGUAACUUUCUAGCUCCCCGUCAUUUUUUACAGUUAUGUUUAAUAGGCUACUCCCUUUUUUCUUGCCAGUAGAUUUUUUAGCCAGUGGAUCACACAUUCCCCCCUAUUUUAGGACCAUAAGUUAUUUAAACAAUUAAUUUAAGUUCAUUAUUUGGUAUUUAGUUAUUAUUUUUUACCAAGUAAGACCUAUUUUGUUAGCCAACUUUUGGUAAAUAAAUAAGUUUUUAUAAUUUAA